AUGCUAUUCUUACCUCCGGAAGAUCCGGCCGAAAUUUCGGCCACCGAGGCCCAGUUUCGAAAGAUAUUGACGGUAAUUCACAGAUUCACAUGGGCUGUAUUUUUGUCCUGGCAAAUUAACGAUUUCCUCUACAGUCCAUUAUGGAUGCACGGAUAUGUUUGGUGCCUAAACCUCCCCGUUGACACUAAUAUGGCCGAGAUAUCUGCUGGACCGUUAGUAAUCCAACAGCUCCGAGCCGUAGGUGAAUACGAGCGGAUACUCCAUGACGUUUUGAAGGUUAUUUCGGUUGCCAUGAUGCUAUUCUGCUCUGGGUUUUACACAAAACCCCAAACCGUGAAGAAAUUAUGGAAUUUGAGCUGUGCUGUUGGAUUAGUAAUCUUCUUCGUGCGUUCCCUCCAAAUGCAACAGCGUCUAUUCCCUUCCCUGCACGAGGCAUUCUCCACCCAGGCCGCAUUUUUCAUCAUUGGCGUCGUUUUGACGAUACAGGCUAAGGAUCGUUUCCCAGCUGUAAAACUCGAGAAACCGGAUGAAUUGGCUGUCGAAGAAAAAGUUGAAGAAAUUGCUUCACUGGACGACAGUAAAGAUAUUGAUGAUCUCAUCAACAAUAAUAAUAACAAUAAUAAGGAUACGGUAGCCGAUUUGAAUUCUCAAAGUGAGCCCCGGCUAAAAGCUGAA